AAAAAAUGUCGCGGGAUGGGAUGUUGAAGGUGGCGGCGGUCCUCGAAGGCGACUUGCUGUCUCUUUCUAGCCUCGAGCUUUCUCGAGGAAUGAAACGAUCGUUGAGAGGAAGAAGCAGCUUGCGGGAGCCGCCCACCAGCGAGUAUCGCGAGAAACGGCGGCUCCAGGAUCGAUUACGGAAGCGCCGAAGCAAAGAGGUGGCGCAUUUGGAAGCCCAGGCGCUCAAGGAUGAAGUGCGGCAGCUAGAGGCGCAACUUAAGCGCAUGAAGGCGCGAGAACCGUCGUCGACCAAUUACCUGGCGAAGGUGCAGGCGCUACAAGCCGAAAUCGCACGUGCGUACGAGGAGCAACACCGGCUUCGGCAUACCCUUGUCCACGAAGUGGAAAAAGGCAUCGUGUACCAAAGUUUGUCAUGGCAGCCGUCCGAGUCUGAGAUGGUUCUGGAUCCACGGAGGGACCCUUGGAUGAUGCAUUCGUUCCCUGCCGACCCCGCGGCGCACGACCAAGCCCUGCGAGGCAUCAUGACUCAGCAACUCUGCAAACUCACUCCAGAACUGUACUCGCGACUGCCCAUGUCGGCCGAGGGCCGGCCGUUCAGCAUUGUACUGGACGACGUCGGCCAAGACAUUGCGUUCCUCGAAAUGCGCAAGUACAGUCUCAUGCGCGCCGAUUCCGCCGACGUGGCCCACAGCAUCUUUCGAAACUACACGUUCGAAGCCCCGUCGUCGUCAUCCUCGUCCGACACUCAAGUACCUGCACUGGACGAUCCCAACUCGUCUCAUAUACUACUUGUAGCUCGAUAUGUUUGGCAGUGAUUUGGCCCUCGUCACCCACCGCACGUCGGACGGAUCGACUAGGCGCCGCAUCCUGAGCAUCGUGUCCCAUACACGGGACCGCGUCGUGCUCUUGCUCCGGUCGCUGCACUACGACGCCACCACGGCUUCGUACUCGCCCGAAGUGUACGUCGGAUGGUUAGUUUGCGAGAACGUGCCGAUGCCCGACGGCAGCCCCCUCUGCGCCUUGCGCGGAUACACCCAAGUGUUUCUGCAGACCACGCCCCAGCAUGCCGCCGCCGACUACACGGCGUACAUGAGCCGAACGACCAUAAAGAACGCCUUGGUCAACCAAGUGCUGCGGCAGUUUAACGCCAUCGUGCUCGAUUGACUACUCCAUCCUCCAUUAUAUUUCGUUCGUGAGUUUACUACUAGUAUAGUAGUUGGGGAUUCCAAGCUGAGUGUGACGAAGAAAGCAACCCUUGUGCCCCUUGCCACCAAUCAUUCAAAAGAAUACUAGUAUUCUAAGCACGUACUAUGAUAACA